AUGAGAAGGUCUGCAUUUUACUGGGCGUUCGCAAACCCGGUACUGGUUCAUAACCCCCUAACUAGUCUGUCCAAGGUGGUUGUUGUUCGAGAUACAGCGGGAAAGUUUUCAGGCAUGAUUAGUAUCACAGGGGACGCGACGUGUAGACCAGGAGUGCCCAUUGAGCUUAUUGCAAUCUCACAAGGAAGUGUAAAGGGCAAAUGUUUACGGAGCUGCUACGAGGAAAAGGUUUUACGAAGGAGUAGGUACGCAGAUCCAAGGGGAUUCCACGCCUUAUAUGAUCGCGUUGGGCGAUGGGUUGGUAUUGAAGAUAAGAUAUCCCGGGAAGACGGCCAUAACUAUCAAGUUAUCGCUGAAGGAUAUUAUGAGGAGAGUCUGGAUCUGCCAGAGUAUGCAGAUGAUCAAGAGUACCACUUCUACAAUGUUCUCUGGGUUCAGCGCGGAGAAAAUGAUGUGGCAUAUCGGGCUGACUGCGGACGCGUGUUGGCGGACGCUUGGGAGAAAAGUCAUCUGGAAAACAUAAAAAUAGCAUUAGGGUAG